AAAAUACGCAGAGAUAAAAAAAAAAAGGAAGAAAAAGAAAUAAAAAAUCUUCGUCUUCCCCGAAACACAAAAAAAGCCCAGCAGGCGUUUCUUUCUUUCUUUCACCCUUUCGCUGCCGUUUUCGUACUUCCAACAAUAAAACUUCCUCCUUCAAAAAUCAAGAACAGCGUUAAUCAGUUUCCCAGUCGUUUCAUCUUCUUUUCCCGUCAAAAACGACCGGACGGACUUCUGGUUGUGGGGGCUCUUUUUUCUGGUAUUCUAGAAAUUUCCGAAGGCUGAACCCGGAGGAAAAAAGAAAAUAGAGAAAUAAGGAAAAAGAAAAGUAAUUAAACCAAUUAAGGCGGCGUUCGCCGUGGGCCAAAACGGCGUAGUAGUGUUGUGGGUUGCCAGGACUUUUUGGGGGGUUUAUACAUAAUAAUACAUAUAUAUCGUUUCUCCAUUAUCAACAAUCCGGCGGUUACCUAUCUGCGAAUUUCUCUCUGGCCUGUUCUUGCAAACUGGUAAUCGACUGCACUGUUGUUGCACUUAGGGUUUUUUGUUUUGGUGUUGGUUUUAGGGUAUUAAAUUUGUUAUCAAUAUCUGGGAGACGACUAGGGUUUGAUUCUAUUGUUGCCCUGAAUGUGUUUUGGUUCUUUGCCCCGAGAAGUUGUCUGUCUUGGGGUUUGAUUUUUUGGUGUGUAUACUGUUUGUGAGUUCUGAUUGAGUUUGACUGGCUUUGAGAAAGGGGCCUUGUUCUGUUUUUUUUCCCCCGCUGAGCAUGGAGGCCUUGAGAUGCCCUUGUUGACGGAUUGUCCUCCGGAACUGGGUAUUGAACAGGUUUUCAUUGUUAUUUAUUGGUCAAGUCGAGCUUUUUCUUGAUUGCCCUGGCGUACUGUGAAUACAGAAAAGUACAGAGUAGCUGAACCCUAGAUAAUAGAAGGAAAAGUUUUGGUAUUUUCUGUUAGGUUGUGGGAGUUUGAAAAGAUUGGCAUUGCAUUUUUAGGAGUACCUAUACACGGACCGUUGAGAUAACAGCUAUUACCAGUGCCUUUUGCGGGGGGUUUUCCCCUGAUAGAAGACUAUAUAGCUGUAGAUGCUUUUGUUGUAACUUUGGAAAGUUCUAGUGGAUGCUAUCAAACAACCUCUUGAUUGCCGAGUUUCUUUGACGAGAGUUAUUAGAGGUUGUCGUUUUCCGUUGUAUGAUGUUCUGUGCUAGUUAUGGAAAGAAGUGAGCCCUCAUUAGUCCCAGAAUGGUUAAAAACUAGUGGGACUGCUACUGGAAAUGGCACAACAACCCAUCCUCAGUCAUCUUCGUCUACACAUCCUUCAGAUGAUCAUGCUGUAUCAAAGAUUAGAACUAAGUCGUGGAAUCAUAAUGGGCAUGAAUUAGGACGGUCACCUGGUUCUGAUAGAAACUCUUCCUCCUCAUAUUUCCGUCGGAGUUCCAAUAGUAAUGGUUCUUCUCACUUGCGUUCUUAUGGUAGCUUUGGAAGGAAUUCUCGUAGUAGUAGGGAUUGGGAUAGGGAUGCAUAUGAUUGCCAUGACGGGGAGAAGUCAUUUGCUGGGGACCAUAAACAACGGGAUUUCUUAGAUCCACCUUUCUCCAUUGAGAGGGAUGGUUUAAGGCGUUCUCAGUCAAUGGUUUCUGCAAAACGAGGUGAGGCUUGGCCUAAGAGAUCAAUUAAUGACUCAAAUACUGCGACAAGGAUGAAAAGCAGUGAUGGCAAUGGUCUCCUUGAUAAGGGCAAUUCAGUUGGUAGCCUGCAUAAAGCUGCAUUUGAAAGAGAAUUCCCUUCCCUUGGCUCAGACGAAAAACCUUCAGCUGCCGAGAUUGGAAGAAUCCCUUCACCUGUGUUGAGUACUGCAAUUCAUGGAAUGCCACUCAAUUCGUCUGCGAUGAUAGGUGCUGAUAAAUGGACAUCAGCUUUGGCAGAGGCACCUUCAAUAAUUGGAGGCAGCAAUGUUGGACUUUCUACCGGGCAACAAGUAUUGCCUUCCAGUUCGGUUCCUUUGCCUUCAAGUGCUUCUACUGGUCUCAAUAUGGCUGAAACUAUUGCUCAGGGUCCUCCUUCUCGUGCUCCGGCUGCUCCAAAGACAUCUACUGGAAUACAACGGCUUGAAGAACUGGCUAUCAGGCAAUCUCGGCAACUGAUUCCUAUGACUCCAUCAACACCUAAGCCCUUGGUACUUAAUUCUGCCGAUAAAGGGAAAGGCAAAGCUGGACAGCAGCAGCAUUCUACCCCUCUUCCCACUCCAUUACGUGGGGUGCCUGCUAAAAAUGAUGUUGGGAAGCCCAAUAAUGCCGGAAAACUUCUUGUCCUUAAACCUAUAAGAGAGAGGGUAGCUGGGUCUUCUGCUUCCAAGGAUAACUUGGGUAGUAAAGAAACAACCUCUUCCCUAACUGUUGCCGCAUCAGUGACUGGAUCAGCUACCACCAAGGGAAGUGCAACUAAUGUUGUAUCCCCCAGUGCUGAGCGCAAGCAUAUUCUUCCUAUGCUGGAGAAGAGGUCGACAUCUCAAUCUCAGAGUCGACAUGAUUUUUUCAAUCUUGUGAGAAAAAAAUCUCUGCCGAACUCUUCUGCUGUUCCAGAAACUGGCACUGCUGCUGUGUGCUCACCUGCAGAUGGGCCUGGUGAAUCAGCCUCGACCGCAGACGAGCCUGGUGAAACGGAAGUUUCUCAUGGUCCGACUCAUGAGAGGAGAGAUGUCCCGUUAGUAGAUGUCUCAAAUGUGCACCAGCCUUUAGAGAAUAGGAUUGACCUGAAAAGAAAUAGCACAGAGGCAUUUCAUAAGGAUGGUAAUCUUCAGAAUGGGAGAAAACAUUCAACUUCUCUUCCACUGUUUUCGGAAGAGGAAGAGGCUGCAUUUUUGCACAAGCUGGGUUGGCAGGAAAAUGCUGAUGAGGGCGAGGGUGCUUUGACAGAGGAGGAAAUCAAUGCUUUCUUCAGGGAUUUGAGUAAGGUAUCUGUGAAAUAUUUUUAUUUGGUAUAGAUUGAUUGAAAAUACCAUCAUUGAUUCUUUUUUGUGAUCAGAAGUCCAUGUACAUGGCCAGAAAUCAAAAUCAAUAAUUCUAUCCACUUUUUUUGUUGUGUCGCUAAAUAUUAAAUUGGCUUCUUUGUACCUUUGCAGUAUAUGGAUUCAAAGCCGUCAGUUAAAAUUUUGCAAGGAGUCGAACCAAAGUUUCCAAUGCUGCUCAGCUCACAAGUUCGUGCUGUUACUUCCGGUCUAAGUUCGUCUGACUCUAACGCAGACUCUUGAUUUUUGUUUAAGGAACUGCCUGCUUGCGGCCCCUUUCAACCGAGUUAACGGUGGGGAGGGGAGUUUAGCAGUUAGCGAUUUUUUUUUAGAUUGUUCUUUUGGUGAGGAUUCAGAUGGAAACUCCAAGACAACCCAGGUUUACUGCUAGGGGGUGUGGAAUCUCCCUGCAUUAUGAUGGGAACAGAUGGAGAAAUAAGUACAGAUGGACUGGAUUGUGGUGGCAACUUCUGAAAGGGCCUUUGGAUGAUGAAAUUAGGAAUUUUGAGGUUUUUAGGAAUUGAAAUGAGAAAAUAUAGGGAUAGGAUACUGUAAAGCUGCGAAAUGAAAUUGGUUUAUGAAAGUCUGGGGGUGUGUGGAUCAGUGUUGAAAAUUUUGACGAAAGGGUUUAGAUCCAACAGUUUUUGUGAUAUUUUUUGCUCGGUUCUUAAUACAGUACAAGGGGGAAAAAAAAAGAAUCAUCUUAUCCAAUCUUAUGACUUUGCUUUUCUUUUUUGUCAUGCCUUAUAUAUUGUACAGUUUCGAACUUUGUUAUGGCAAACAUUUAGUGCUAUACUCCAGGCAACAAUGUUGAUUAAUGUGGUUACUGACAGAAUGUUGGCUAUCCAGAAUGAUUUUUUAUACUCCUGGAUCCUGAUUUAUUGUUUUUUGGU